ACGGCGAAAAAUCGCCAGGUGGCAACGCUGGCAACAUAUGUGCGCACUGGCAUCGAUAAUUUUUUACAUCCCUAUUUUGAACCGCAGAAUUCUAGAAAAUUCCACUCCCAAGCAAACGUGAAUUGAGGGAAUUAGCUACAGCAAACUCUGCCGGAUAAGAAUUGAACCCACAUCGCUUAACCCUUCACUCAAUCGCAUCAGUUAGUCUAAAACCAAAAUGGCCAAGUGGGGAGAAGGAGAUCCGCGCUGGAUUGUGGAGGAGCGUCCCGACGCCACCAAUGUGAACAACUGGCACUGGACGGAAAAGAACGCCACGCCGUGGUCCAAGGACCGCCUCCACCAGCUUUUCCAGGACUUCAAAAUAGGGCACAGCGACAUCGAGUGCGCCGUGGACUCCGUGGACAAGUGCACCGGCGAAGCCACCGUCAACAACCGCAAGGGCAAGCUCAUCUUCUUCUACGAGUGGGAGCUCGUGCUCAAAUGGUCCGGCAAGCUGCUGAAAAACAGCAAGCUCAGCCACAAGGGCAAGCUGACCAUUCCCAAUCUGUCCGAGGAGAACGACCUUGCCGACGUGGAGAUCACGGUGACCAUCGACGAGUCCAACGACGAGUCGGAGACCCUCAAGCAGUUCAUGUACAACGUAGGCCGCGACCGCGUCCGCCAGCAGCUGGGCGCCUACAUUCGUGAGCUGAAGGAGGAGUACUCCAAGAACCUGAUCCUACCAAAGAAGGGAGACGAGGGCGCUGCCAACCCCGUGCCGAGCGCCAAGGACGCCAACAAUGCCAGGAACGCCGCCCAGAAGGCCGCCUCGAACACCUCGGUGGCGGCGCCCAAGGCCAACAACUCGGCCGUCGGCUGCAAGCUGGACGUGCGCACCCUUUCGAUGACCGAAGAAUUCCACUGCAGCGCCAAUGACCUGUACAACGCCCUCACAAAGCCGGAUAUGGUUUCGGCCUUCACGCGGGCCCCCGCCAAAGUCGAUGCCGUGCGAGGUGGCGAAUUCGUUCUUUACGGAGGCAAUGUACUGGGAAAAUUCGAGGAGCUCGUGCCUGAGAAGAAGAUCCAGCAGAGCUGGCGUCUGAAAAACUGGUCAUCUGGUCACUUCUCGAACGUUGUCAUAGAGCUGGAGGAAACUUCAUCCAGCACAAUGAUGUCGCUCAAGCAGACCGGGAUUCCUGCCUCCGAGUACGAUGCGAUGAAGACAAACUGGUACAGGUACUACUGGCACAGCAUCAAACAAACCUUUGGAUUCGGUACCUCUAUAUCCGAUGCUUUAUAAGAAAAAGCUUAUAGUGCGUAAGGCACUGGAUUAAGUGGGAAAUUGGUGGCCGGCGGAUCAUUAAACGAUUUCCAUUGGUAUUCUACCUAUUGUGCUGCGAGAACUUCAUUUCCACCCUUAGCUGUAAUUUCUGUUAACCUUUGAAGGCUCUUUCAAAACCUCUUUUGUAAUGUUCGAUAACGAUCGAACUGAACAGUCACCGACUCGUUUACAACAGCUACAGUAGAACCACAUUACAUACACGAAAACAAAUACGAUUCACGCUUCCGACAUUGAUUUCACACAUUGAGAAAAUAAACGAUAAAUUAGAAAAAGA